ACCCAGAGGGCCGCAGGUUAAAGGGCAUUCAGAGGAGUACAGAGACAGGGCUGGCCGUAGAGAUGCCCAGCCGUACGGUCCGGCAGGCGAGCCACGAGUCCAUCGAGGACAGCAUGAACAGCUAUGGCUCGGAGGGAAAUCUGAACUACAGUGGAAUGUGUUUAGCAUCAGAUGCCCAGUUUAGUGACUUUCUGGAUGGGAUGGGACCUGCUCAGUUUGUGGGCAGACAGACACUAGCCACAACUUCAAUGGGAGAUGUUGAGAUCGGUCUUAUGGAGAGGAACGGACAGCUGGAGGUGGAGAUCAUUCAGGCUCGAAGACUCAUCAUGAAGCCUGGAUCUAAGGGCCCUCCAGCGGCCUACAUUAAAGUCUACCUUCUGGAAAACGGCAUCUGCAUUGCCAAAAAGAAGACGAAGUCCGUCCGGAAAUCGUUAGAUCCCCUUUACAAUCAAGUCCUUGUAUUUUCAGAGAGCCCGCAGGGAAAGGUUGUACAG